CAGACAAUGAAGACAACUGCAAGGUAAGAAAUAAACAGCAAUUAUGGGAUGUGCAGGAUCAGCGAUCCGUUACCCAAAUUCAAGAGCUGUGCAGAAGUUUGAGACAAUGUCUGCCAUCGAAAGAACCAUCAAAGCAGCGUUGCUAAUCCAACGCUGGUAUCGACGGUACCGUGCAAGACUUGAAAUAAGACGUCGGUGCUACUGGACCAUCUUCCAGUCCAUUGAAUACGCCGGGGAACAAGAUCAAAUCAGGCUAUAUAGCUUCUUUACUGAUCUGAUGACUCACAUAGCGUGUGAUAAGUCUUCUUUUUCUAACUCCAUAGCCAACUCUCUCAGAGGUAGGCCGCGUAUUCUAGCGGAGAUUGAAGAAGAGGAGAGAGAACUUUGGAAGGAAACAAACCCAAAUUUGAUACCCAUAGAAUCAACUUAUCAGGGUCCUCAUAUCCACCUCCCUCUUACGGCAGACCAAGUAACUUUACUCAUCAAUUCCUUCAGGAAACGGAAACUACUACAUGCACAUUAUGUUUUGACGUUGCUGCACGAGGCUAGGAAGAUACUACAAAGUAAGCCUAACAUAAACGUUGCUAGCACGACUCUAUCGAGACACAUUACAAUUUGUGGGGACCUUCAUGGAAAGCUGGACGAUCUUCUUACCAUAUUUUACAAGAACAGUCUCCCAGCUUCCGACAACCCCUACAUUUUCAAUGGGGAUUUUGUGGACCGAGGGGUUCAGUCUGUAGAGGUAUUCUUGCUCCUGAUAGCCUGUCUGCUGGUCUGGCCUGAUAGAGUGUUCCUUAACCGGGGUAACCACGAGGACUUUAGUGUCAACAUAAGGUAUGGGUUUAUCAAGGAGAUAAUGUAUAAAUACACGCGUCACGCAACUCGGAUCAUUCAAGUUACAGAAGAUGUGUACAGCUGGCUCCCUCUGGCCACGAUAAUUGACAAUAAAGUGUUUGUAGUUCACGGUGGGGUCACAGAUCGGACUGAUCUCAAGAAGAUAUCCAGGAUGGACAGGCAUCAGCUUAUUACGAUCCUUCAACCUCCAAUGAUUGAUGGGAAGAUGACCUGUGACCAAGAGGAGUGGGACCAGGUUGUCGGAAUUUUAUGGAGUGAUCCAAGACCUCAGCCAGGUUGCCACACAAAUUCAAUCCGGGGAGGCGGAAGUUUCUUUGGACCGGAUGUGACGGAGGCAUUCCUGCAGCGCUAUCAGUUAGAGAGAAUUAUACGCUCACAUGAAUGUAAACCAGAUGGUUUUGAGUUUACUCAUGGUGACAGGGUUCUUACGAUAUUCUCAGCUUCUAAUUAUUAUGCUGAGGGAACAAACAAAGCUGCAUAUGUGAAACUUGUAGGAACAAAUCUGGUAACACAGAUUGUGAUGUAUGUCAGCUCAAGUCAUACCAGCAAUGCUGAAAUACAACAAAGACAAGGAUAUGUUGAACAGUCGGCUCUGAGGGAACUGAAGCAGCUUAUCUACGCAUCACAUCUAUUACUGAUAGAGAAGUUUCACAUGGAAGACACAGAACAGUCAGGAAAGAUAUGUAUUGGCCGGUGGUGCGAUAUCAUGAAGGAAGUAGUAGGUUUACAACUACCCUGGAGACUGCUCUGCCCUAAGAUAGCUAAGUUGGAUCCAUUAUCUGGCAAUGUUUACUACGAGUCAAUUUUCCAAGAGUAUACCAUUCAGAACAAGCUGGCUGAACAGAAUGAGCCAUCACUUCUAGAAACCUUAUACCGUAGUAAGGACACUCUGGAGACCAUAUUCAGAUUUAUUGAUACUGAUGGAUCAGGACUAAUUUCCAUGCAAGAGUUUACAGAUGCUUGCCAGUUGUUAAGUAAACAUCUGAAAACGUCUAUGCAUCAAGAAGAGAUUCAGGAUCUGGCCAAGAGUAUAGACAUCAACAAGGAUGGAUUCAUUGAUUUCAAUGAAUUUCUGGAAGCCUUCCGUCUUGUAGACAAUGAUUCUCCUUCUAGAAGAUCUGGGAACCACGUCUGUGGAUUGUUUUGCCAAGAUGAGAGAUGAAUAUACUCCAGUUUGUAAAAAAAUAUUAAUAAUAAUAAAAAAAUUAAUAUUCCUACAGAUUUUGGUGGUGUUUCUACAGCAAGUCAUCAAAACAGCAUAUUAUUUUCUGAUGCUACUCAAGCUACCAAAGAUAUAUUAAUACUAAGAAAAUAUAAGUGUCUCCUUGCUUGUUAUAUAAAAAUCCUUGAUCGAGUAGCUAUAUAGUACGGUGGAGACUGAUGACUUCUUAACAAUUUAACUAGGUAUUUUCUAAGACUAAGUAUGAAUCAGUCAUCUUCAUGUUACAA